GGUCAGUUAGAUGUCCCAAUGAUUAUGUAUUGGGUUAUAUUUUGCUUGACUGUGACGCCUGUGUGGGGCAGUUGGACAAACCAAGAUAUUGCCAUUAAUGUGAAUAAACCGUUCGCUUAUAUUGGAGACAAUGACAUCAAAAUAAGGUGCGAGGCCAAAGGUACGAAAAUCGUAAACCCGCAAUGGCUGACCAUUUUGCUAGAGGGCCACUCCUACGAGAGACCCAUUGUCAAUAUGAUCAAAACGACCAACACUCAUCAUAUCUAUGAGUGGGGAGAUGAAUUUAAUGUCACUGAUCUGCAGCAAAGGAUGACGAUUAAUGGUAGCCUGGAAGGUCUCGUGUUUCUACAACUGGAUAUUCACAAUGCUAAGAUUGAUGAUAGCGGGAGAUACACGUGCAAUUACGUGGGGUAUGACGUGGACGGUAAAUUAUUAGAAUUCCACGAGUCAAAGGACUUUUUUGUACAGUACCCUAUCAUUCAAAGUAACUACUCUGGUAUACAAUCACUAGGUAAAGACAUUAUAAUCACAAUCAACAUGCUUUCUGCCUAUAUCGGUGAGUCUGGGCUUCGCAUAAGGUGUGAAUCUCCAGGUAACGUCAUCACAGAGCCUGAAUGGAUAGCUGUAAUGAUAGAGGGCCAGAGAUACCAGAGUCCGUUAGCAUACAUGAUGAAAACUAUAAAUAGCACCAAGGAAGUGUUCGAAUGGAGCGAAGAAUUCAAUGUUUCGACUCUACAAAAUAGAGUAGUGUAUUCUGGAAACUUGGGUAACAGAAAUCCAUUCAUGGAACUAGAAUUCAAGGAGAUAAGAUGCGAGGACAGCGGUCGCUACACUUGUUUGCUCAAUGGUCUAGACAAGUGGGGGAACAUCACACAAUUUUCUACUUCUGGAGAUUUUGUUGUGAAAUCUUUGAACGGAAGACCUGCUAUCAAGGAUAGAAAAAAUAAGCUAGUCCCAAACAAUACAAUAUACUACAUCAAACCUGGUGAACACAUCUUUCUCAACUGUGAGGGAAUCACAGGGAAACCAAGGAUCCCUAUCUUAUGGACUGAAUCAAACGGAACCACGCAGCGGGUAAUGAAAGAAAACGACGGGGUCGUGGCAGGUUCAGAAAUCAUUCCUGAUGACGAUCUUUGCAGAUUCCAUUCCCAGACCCGUCUGUAUUACACCAUGCCAAACAAACAUGUCAUACUGACAUGCAAGAUAGCAUUCUUUGUGACUAGGGUCAAGCUUUUCCCUCAAGGUGGUCAUCAGAAUGCACACCACAGCACUGUAGUACAGACACCAGCGUUGUCUCACAGCAUAAGUACAAAAACACCAACAACUGUCACAACUACUUCAGGGACUUCAUUAUCAACUUCAGUACCGACAGCUAAACCGACACCAUUGACACUAAAAACCAAUUCUGCACAAUCAACAAUGGGUAUAAUAACAACUUUGUUACCAACAACUACCACAUCACCGACAACUACCAAAGUACUAACAACUACCACAUCACCGACAACUACCAAAGUACUAACAACCACCACGGCACCGACAACUACCAAAGUACUAACAACCACCACAGCACCGACAACUACCAAAGUACUAACAACUACCACAGCACCGACAACUACUAAAGUACUAACAACCACCACGGCACCGACAACUACCAAAGUACUAACAACCACCACGGCACCGACAACUACCAACGUACUAACAACUACCACGGCACCGACAACUACCAAAGUACUAACAACUAUCACAUCACCGACAACUACCAAAGUACUAACAACCACCACAGCACCGACAACUACCAAAGUACUAACAACUACCAAAGUACUAACAACUACCAAAGUACUAACAACUACCACGGCACCGACAACUACCAAAGUACUAACAACCACCACAGCACCGACAACUACCAUGGCACCAACAACUACCAAAGUACUAACAACUACCACGGCACCGACAACUACCAAAGUACUAACAACCACCACAGCACCGACAACUACCAUGGCACCAACAACUACCAAAGUACUAACAACUACCACAUCACCGACAACUACCAAAGUACUAACAACCACCACAGCACCGACAACUACCAAAGUACUAACAACCACCACAGCACCGACAACUACCAUGGUACCAACAAGUACAGGGGUACCCAUAACUACCAAAGUGCAGACAACUACCCCGGUACCGACAACUUCUACAGUACCGACAACUUCUACUGUACCGACAACUUCCACGGUACCGACAAGUACCACUGUACUGGCAUCUGUGCCUCCUAAAUCACCUGGAGCCUCGCCAUUGACAGUUUUCAGCAAGAUACUAUAUUACACAAAAGUACAAACAACGAACUAUACCAUAAACUCACCUUUGCUAAAUUUACUUACAACCGUAUCAAGUCAAAGAAAGUAUUAGAAGAAAAACAAUCUCACCUCCAUGGCUAAAAAGAAGUGAGUUUAUUUUCAUGAUGAAACCUAGUAGUGUGCAGAGACAUUGAACAGCAAAUUGAAAUGACAUUUGUAUCCCAAAUUCAUUUUGACUACAAAUUAGAUAGUACAUGUACA